GUUUCAACCCGCUGUAUCUUGCCUUAUUCUGUUAUUACUCAGUUACUCCUACCGUCUUCUGUAGCUGUAUUAUACGGAUCACUGUUUCUCUUCACCUUUCGGUUUGAUAUUUUCUUCGUCGAGUCUCGCUACGCUCUACACUAAAUUCAACAAUGAGUUCCGAUGCGGAUAUGGAGGAUUACGGUUUUGAGUACUCCGACGAGGAGCCUGAAGAGCAGGACGUCGAUAUUGAGAAUCAAUAUUACAACUCCAAAGGCCUGGUUGAAUCGGAUCCAGAAGCAGCACUUGAGGGUUUUGCUGAAGUAGUUAGGAUGGAACCUGAGAAAGCUGAUUGGACAGAGGGUUGGAUUGCUUGAGAGAUUAAGGAAAACAUAUAUGUGAACAUCUUUUAUGGGAUCUAUUCUGCAGGAGGCUAAUUCUCGUAGUAUUAUGAAUAGGCUUUACCUCGAAUUCAUUUUCUAUGUCAUCCCUUAAAGAUUGCUUGUAUUGAUGAUGGAGUUUGCACCAGUUAAGUUAGUCCUUAAGGGAUUUAAAGCCUUAAAACAAACUGUUAAGCUGUACUAUAAGCUGGGGAAAUACAAAGAAAUGAUGGAUGCUUACAGAGAAAUGCUGACUUAUAUUAAAUCAGCGGUAACACGUAAUUACAGUGAAAAGUGUAUAAACAAUAUUAUGGAUUUUGUUUCUGGAUCAGCUAGUCAGAACUUCAGCCUCCUCCAAGAGUUCUACCAAACAACACUGAAGGCUCUUGAAGAAUCAAAGAAUGAGAGGUUGUGGUUCAAGACAAAUCUAAAGCUUUGCAAAAUUUGGUUUGACAUGGGUGAAUAUGGGAGGAUGAGCAAGAUUUUGAAAGAGCUCCAUAAGUCUUGUCAAAAAGAAGAUGGCUCUGAUGAUCAGAAGAAAGGAACACACUUAUUGGAGGUAUAUGCAAUUGAGAUCCAAAUGUACACCGAAACUAAGAACAACAAGAAACUGAAGGAAUUAUACCAGAAAGCACUGUCUAUAAAGUCAGCAAUUCCUCACCCACGAAUUAUGGGAAUCAUUCGCGAAUGUGGAGGUAAAAUGCAUAUGGCUGAGCGACAAUGGGCAGAUGCAGCUACGGACUUCUUUGAAGCUUUUAAAAACUAUGAUGAAGCUGGAAACCAGCGGCGUAUCCAAUGUCUAAAAUACUUAGUAUUGGCUAAUAUGCUGAUGGAGUCUGAGGUCAACCCUUUUGAUGGCCAAGAAGCAAAACCAUAUAAAAAUGAUCCUGAGAUAUUGGCAAUGACAAACUUGAUAGCAGCAUAUCAACGAAAUGAGAUCCUGGAGUUUGAAAAAAUUCUGAAGAGUAAUAGAAGGACAAUAAUGGAUGAUCCUUUUAUACGAAAUUACAUUGAAGAUCUUAUGAGGAAUGUGAGGACUCAAGUAUUGCUCAAACUGAUCAAGCCUUACACAAGAAUUCGGAUCCCUUUCAUAUCCAAGGAACUUAAUGUACCUGAGAAAGAUGUGGAGGAGCUGUUGGUCUCGCUAAUAUUGGAUAAUCGUAUACAAGGGCACAUUGAUCAGGUGAACCGGCUCCUAGAACGUGGUGACAGGUCAAAGGGGAUGAAGAAAUACACUGCCGUGGAUAAGUGGAACACACAGCUUAGGUCCCUCUAUCAGACCGUUAGUAACCGAGUGUGUUAGUUUUUGAGAUUUUUUGUGAGUAUAUCCUAUCUGAAAAUGUCACUCCUGGAAAAAACAAUAGAUUACAAACAUUAUGUUUACUUUUGCACCGAAGAUGUUCAUGGGUAGUGGAGAAGUGUCCAUUUACAGAGAUGUUGGCUCAAAUCUAGUUUAAAUGUUUUUGACAAAUUUGCUUACCAAACAACUUAAAAAGUUAGAAGGUACUUCAUCAUUA